AGCCAUCAAAACGGCAAGCAGUCUAAAUUCGUAGGUAUGAUAAAGAUCAUCAAAAUUCUAGAAGAUGACGAUUCCCGUUCCGUUAGAAUCGUUGUUUCCUCUACUUCAUCGCAGUGUUAACUGUUCCUUUUUACCCGGUGGUGCGAUUCUAAUCUCCGGCGACUUCUCCGAUUUCAUAGUCGAUUCGAUUUCUUUUGUGUAUCUGAACCUCACUGUGAAAUUGUUUCAUCGAUGCUUGUGAAAUUGAUGGAUGUAUAGUGUCCCACAUCAAAAUUGAAUGCGGUGUUAUGGUCAAAAUCUUGGUGCAUGAGGCUUUCUCUGGGAUUCUAUUUACCCUCAGGGCAUAGAAUUUGAUGAACUGAUGUUGUUGAUCUAAGAAAUUGGGUUUUAGGUGAAGAUUUGUGUGCUAAUGUUUUGAUUAUACGCAAAGAUAAUGUAGCGAUGAGUAAAAGAGCUGCGGAAGAAAUGACUCCUUCAUUGGAGAGCAAUAGAACUGGACCAGACUUUUUUGGCUACUACAGAGCUCAAGUAGAAGAGCUCUUGUCUCAAGAAGAGAAGAUACCUCAUCAUAACCAUGUGGAUGCUAAGAAGUCUUCUGCUGAGAUUAUAGGAGCUGAGUUGUCGGAUGUCAAACAGGAGAAGUUGAAUGCCUUGUUAAGGCAGUGUGUGUUGAAUUCCAUUCCAGAAGUUGAUGAGAUGCAGUCUCGUGUUGAUUCAAUGUAUCUGAUGUCUCAGUUGAGUAAUAAAAAACGGUCAACCUUACCAACCAAUGCUGAGUCUGUGAUUCCUGAGGAUCCUAGGUGUAAAGAGGUGGAAGAUGAUUUACGAUUACUUAUGAAGUCUGAUCCUAGUCUUGUUAAGGAAAUAGUGGGCAAACAUUCAAGUGAUCUACUUGCCAGAUUGAACGAGAGACAGCAGCACCUUGAGAAGCUACUUGACAAUGUGGUAACCACUUGCAGACCUAUGAGCCGUGGAGAGAAGCGAGAUCUUCAGAAAUCAAUUAAGGAACUACCUGCAAAAAAUCUUGAACGUGUUGCUGGAAUCAUCAAAAACCACUAUGUAGCUUUGGGGAAAGAAAUGCCUGAUGAUGUUUUCGUCAUCAACAUGGAGGAGGAGGACAAAGUACUGCUUUGGAGAUUGCAUUAUUUUGUUGUCGCAGUCCAGAGCGCAAGGAAACUCGCUAGCUGAGUAGUCCAGGUACAUAUAUACUCAACUCCUUGUCCCAGAUUGUGAGUAUAUUAGGAAAUGACAAGGAGAAAACCUGGUACCCAUUGUUUACUCGGAUUAUCUUACAAUUUUGACUAGAAAGAUCCGACCGGUUUUGGUUCAGUACAUGGAUUAUAGGAAAUGAAAAAGAAGAUAAUUUUUUUUUUUUUGACUUUUGUGGAUUAACAAAGAAACUGCAAGAUGAAGUUUGUGUAACUAGAGGUUUAGUUCUUUACAAAUUUGGGUUUUCUACAUUUUAAUGACUCCUGCGUAUGAGUUAGGUUUUAUGAUCUACAAAUAAGAAUCCUUAAUCAGGAAUAAUGCCAAAAGUUAUGUUGAUAAUGACUCCUGCGUAUGAGUUAGGUUUUUCACAAAUUACCAAACAAAUGUUGUACUUUUUCAUCAAAGGUUUGUUCUUUAUCAGUCAUUAAAGAUCUAAAAACUGAUUUUCUCAUUAGAGAAUUGACUGUUGAAGACUUGAGAGUAGUUAAGACAUAUGCUAGUAGUAUGUGAGACUGAGUUUUAAGUAAUUUUGGAAUAUUUACUUCCAAAUUCCGCAAAUAGAAUCUUUAGGGUUAUUUUGUAGUGUAAGAGUUUUGAUUUGAGUACUUUGUUAAAUCGUCAUUUUUAGUUAUCUAUUGGCCUUAAGAGUCAAGCAUUGUGCUUAAUAUUAGAUUCACACUCUUCAACUUGAUAAUGAUAAUUCGAUAUUACGACAUACAUUAUAAAAGUAAAAACUCAGAUGCCUGGAUGAGUUCGGAAAAUAGUUGCAUGAAUCUCUUGACUUUGAAUCCCAAAUGUGAACCAUCUUAGUUCGAUUGACUCGAAUCACUCGUCAUGUGUCGAAACAUGAUUGUGCAAGUCGCUGUGUGGGCAAGAUUCUUCAUCAUGGCGAAGACUAAAACAAGAAGCACAGUAGCCGAAAAGGUUUGAACAGUUCCUAGCUCAUUCCCUAUUCUCCGGAAAUCCUGAUCAGUUCAGAAAUCCCGAGGAACACCCACGAUUCGGACCCAAAAUGUGAUGGCCGAUGGGUAGUCCUUGUGUAUAAUCGGUUCCCACCUUACAAUAGAAAGCAUCCAAUGAUUAUAAUUGAAAGUCUCCGUUUUCAUCACCUCAAGAAUAUCUUCCUCUCUCUCGAAAUCUAACCUGAACGUUCCCAAUCCCAAGUCCCUCCCAACCACUUGACCCUCUAGUUUCCAGAUUCUAGGCAUCAUCAAAACUAGUGAUCCAACACUCUGAACGUCAGGAUUCAUAAUCUUUCCGAUAAGUGUCGUCCUCUUUAACCUUCUGAUUAAUUCCGAGUUGUCAAACAUGCGAACUCGAAUUGUUCUUGGCAGGGGCUUAAUGCCCUUGCCAUUGUUUUCUCCAAACCGCGACAUGGUACCGUAAGAAACCGAGUUUGAUCGUAUGUAAUGUCAAU